AGCUCCGUGCAGAGUCACUGCGGUUUCGCUGUAAACAUCCUGCAAAAAACACACGAACGAACUCAACAAGAACCGUUUCCUGGACCCGACCCUGGACCAGGACCAGGACCCGGACCCGGACCAGGACCAGGACCACCAGACCCGCCCCAGGAGCCGCUUCAGGACUUAAAGCUGGGGUGCUGGUCCCAGCAGCCUCCUCCCACCAUGGAGGCUGGUUCUGGUUCUAGUUCUGGUUCUACGGAGGAGGAGGAGACGCUGCAGACGGCCUUCAAGAAGCUGCGGGUCGACGCCGAGAGUUUACCAGGAACCGUCGGCGUGGCGGAGGCGACGACGGCCCGGACGGCGACGCGAUGUCUGGACGGAGGAGCCAAGACCAAGCUGAGCUGCUCCAAGGACAACUGGCACUGCUGCAGCAGGAAGUCCUCCAGGGCCGUGUCCCGGAGUCAGCGCCGCCGCCGCUCCAAGUCCCCGAUCCUGCACCCGCCCAAGUUCACCUACUGCAGCGCUGCUGCUGCUGCUGGGGCCCUGGCCCCGCCCCCCGGGGCGCUGGCCCCGCCUCCCGGAGCCCUGGCCCCGCCCCCUGUGGCCGAGGCUCCGCCCCCGUCCGACCCCGGGACCCCCGGCCCGGUCCGGACUGAGUUCGGCUCCCGGCCCGGCUACGACGGACGCCUGGGGGGCGUGGCCUCCUCCCCCCCGUCGUCAUCGCGGGAGGCCGUCGCCACGGCGACGACCCCGCCCAGGUGGGAGGGGCUUCCCGAGGAGGAGGGGGCGGAGCCUGGGGCCGCCGCCGCCCGCUGGAGCUCCGGCGCCGCCGCCGCGGACUUCAGGGCUCUGUCUGAGCUGCACCGCUCCGGCGGGGGAGGCCCCGCCCCCUGGGGCCCCGCCCCCUGCUCCUGCGGGGAGGGGGCGGGGCCCCGGGAGGGGGCGGGGCCUGCGUGCGGCUGCAGCGGCGGCGUGGAGGCGUACUCCUUCACCGGGCUGCGCAGCGUCAUCUCCGAGUGUGGGCGGGGCCUGCCGGGGCGGGGCCACGCCUCCAGGACUGUGGGCGGGGCCGGCGAGGCCGCCGCCCCCUCGGCGCCGCCGUCGGGCCCUUCAGGGUCGCCGCGCUCGUGCUCGGAGCAGGCGCGGCGCUACGUGGACGACAUCACCAUGGAGGACCUGGCCGGAUACGUGGAGUUCUACCUGUUCAUCCCCAAGAAGAUGUCGCACAUGGCCGAGAUGAUGUACACCUGA